AUGUCGCCUCCGGCUGAAGCAUCGCGCAUCUUGCCGUUGCAAACGAAUAAGUUUGUGAUCACAGCGUCAGUGAUAGUUCUAGUUGGACUUCUUCUAAACUACCUAUCGUCACCGAGGACUGACCCUCGUGAACCUCCCCUUGUGAAGCCCCGCAUCCCAGUUAUUGGACACUUGGUUGGAUUGAUCCGGUAUCAAAAUGAGUAUUUCACCAGACUCGGCAAGAGAGCCAGCAAGGGAAUCUGUUCAGUACCCCUCUUCGGCAGCAUAACGUACGUCAUGUGGGAUUCAAAUCUUAUUCAAUCAGCCUUUCGCAACAAAGAUCUUUCCUUUGUCCCAUUCAUCGUCUAUAUACCCCGAGAAGUUGAUCAAGGGGGAGUCCCGGAGAAAGAUCAGGACACCAAUCUCAGACUGGAGUUCGCCAAAGCCAUGACGGAGGGCAUGGCAAGAGACCGCAUCAGCCAAAUGAACGGGACCGCUCUCAAGUAUAUCACGAAGGAGCUGGGCGCUUUUGGGAGCGAGGAGUCUGUCAUCGACAACGCAUAUGUCUGGGUCCGGAAUCUGAUGACCGUGGCCACAACCGAGGCGCUGUACGGAUCUGCGAACCCGCUGAGGGAACAGCCCAGUCUCGUUUAUGAUCUUUGGAGGUUUGAUGAAGACCUACCUACGCUGCUUCUGGGCCUUUUCCCAUCCUACACGGCACCAGAGGGGUUGGAAGCCAGGCACAGACUGGAGCAUGCACUUGGAGAGUAUUAUCACAACAAGAAAGACGCCAACAGCGAUGUUUCCGCCGUCACCCACCAAAGAGCCAAUGUCAUCCGAAAGUUUGUGACGACGGGGAGGACGAUCGGCGUUCAUGAGCUUGCGCUGCUUCAUGUUUCAACAUCAAACAGCAUUCCAACACUAUUUUGGUUCUUUGCGCACAUUGUCACGAGACCAGCCUUGGUCGAGCGUGUCCGAGAUGAAUUGAUGCGCAUGGUUGGAGAUAAUGCCGGAGGUACGGUCACAAUCAACCUCGAUGUGCUCACAGAGGAAUGUCCUCUUAUUGUGAGCUGCUACAGAGAAGCUAUCCGCAUCAGCAAUGGGGCCGUGAGCAACCGGGAGGUCCUGGCGGACACGACAAUUCAAGAUAGUGAGGGCCGCUCAUAUCUCCUCAAGGCGGGGAACAGCGUGCGAAUCCCCCUUGAUCACCUGCACAAGGAUACAGAGGCCUGGGGCCAUGACUUUGCCCAGUUCUCAAGCGACAGGUUUCUUCAGGCCGAUGCUGCCAAGGCCAAGCUCAGACGGACUUCGUAUGCGCCCUUUGGCGGAGGGAAGCACCUCUGCCCAGGUCGCAAUUUUGCAUUUGGCGAGAAUCUGGGAUUCAUGGUAUCAUUCAUUCUCUCGUUUGACGUGGCGCCGCAAGACGGAAACUGGGAGACGUUUGUGCCUCCGGUAAUGGACAAAUGCACGGCAGCUGAUGCCGUUUGUAAGCCAGCACACAACGGGGCUGGCUUUGGAAUUCGUAUCAAGAGGCGUGAGGGCUGGGAGUCGACAACUUGGAAGUUCACGUCUGGCGGAGUUGAUCUGCUUAACCUGUAG